UGUACACACUGGCCGAUGGGUCGUCGUCGGCUCGGUGAAAUUUUGUAAUUUUUAGAAUUUAAAUCGGACGCAUUUGUUUAUGCCAAGCGCGUAAUUGUGCGCAUUGCUUAAGUAGCAAGAAGUUAGUUUCCUAAGGACUCUCUCUCACACACACACACACAUAGAGGAUGUUUAAUUUUAUGAAGAAAAGCGCCGGCGAUGAGGAAAAGGAGCGUCGCAAGCGUGAAAAGAAACUGCGGAAAGAGGCUAAAGGGGGCAGCGGGGGUGGGGUAACGGGCAGCAUGAGCACCGAUGAGUUACUGCGGUUGGAGGAAGUGCGUCGAUCCCUGAAAAUACGUGGUCGCCGCAAGGAGAAGGAAAAGCUGCCCAGCGGCAUUACCGCCGAUUACAGCGCAGAUUUCUUUGCCGCAUUAAAUGCUGAUGCAGCCAGUGGCAACAGCAAUGGGAAUGGUAAUGGGAAUGGCAGUGCCGGGCCAGAGCAGGAUCGUGGCAAUGAGGAAAUUGUUGCAUCUGUGAUGACACACAUCGAAAGUCGCUCCGCCGCCAAUGGAUCUGGUAUUGGCAUCAAUCUAAACUACGGCGAGGUCACACACACGCUGCUCGCUGGUGGAUUGAAGAAUCGCUUUUUGCCGCCGGUGCCACCAAAACCACCCAAGCGGGGCAUACUAAAGGGUUCGCGGAGCAAUAUGAGCAACGUUCAUGAGGAGAUUGUCUUCACCGGCGGAGGUACGCCCGAAAUGCUGUUGCGUAGCACCAUGCAAAAUGAGCAACUGUUUGAGGGCAACCGUGGCGGUGGCAGCGGUGGCUCCAAUUCGAGCCAGCACGGCACCUCGUUCACAUCCGUGGAGAGUCUGCGCAGCGAUGGCGAUCAUACGCCACAACAGCGGGCCAUGACGCUGCCAGCGAAUGCCCGCUAUGGUGCACCACAGACGCCCACACAGGCUGCCCAUUUGCAUGUGCUGACAUCGCCAUCGCCGAGUGCGGACAGUCUCACAGAUACCACAAACUCCUCGUUCGCCACGCCGCCAUUCUCACUCAGUCCUGUCGGUGAAUCCCAGGGCAUCGAUCGCUGGGCCCGCGUGCAUGCCUUUGAAGACGUGCAGCUACCAUUGCCCCCUGUCCAGCUGGUACAAUUGCCGGCUCCCAGGCAGCUGGUCAUCAAGCGACAAAAGUCACCGCGCCAGGACUUUGGCUUUAGCCUGCGAAAGGCCAUUUGCUUGGAUCGCACCGAGUCGCUGACUUCUCCCAUUUUUCGGCCUGUCAUCUUUGCAGAGCCAGGUGCUGGAGGCGGCGCUACAGGUCUCCUACCCGGCGAUCGCCUCAUCAAGGUCAACGGCACGCCUGUGGGCGAUCUGUCGCGUGAGGUCAUCAUCGAGAUGAUACGCAACAGCGGCGAUGCUGUCACCGUUGAGGUUCAACCCGUGGCUGAGCUUGUGGAGCUGAGCAAACGUUGCAUGGCGCCAAGCACGGCAACCGUCGAGGAGAUUGAUCAUUCCAUUAACAACGGCAACUGCAACACACUUCGUCGCAGUGCCAGCAAACGCUUCAAACGUCAGAGUCGACAUGAGAAUGGAACUGGAGGCAGCAUUGGCAAAAGCUGCAGCGAUUUGGAUUUAACUGAUGGCUCACAGUCGGAACGUGUGUGGUUGGUGCAUCGCGGUGGCUUUACUGCGGCACUGCGUCUGCCGCCUACAGACACGCCCCAUGAGGAGCAUAAGCUGAGUGUGCGUCUGCUGCACAAUGGCGAACAGUUGACCGUUGAUGAGGAUGACAUCGAGAAGCAGAAUAGCCCCGCAUUGGAUCUGGCCGAGGAUAUUUGUGAGCUGAGAUAUCUGAACGAGGCGUCAGUGCUGCACUGCCUCCGACAGCGCUAUGCCAGCAAUCUGAUACACACCAAAGCAGGGCCCACGCUGCUUGUGGUCAAUCCUAUGGCACCGCUGUCCCUGUACUCUGAGAAGGUUGUAUCCAUGUUUCGCGGCUGCAAAACGGAGGACAUGCCGCCCCACGUCUAUUCGCUGGCCCAGACCGCCUACAGGAGUUUGGUUGAGACACGACGCGAUCAAAGUCUCAUAUUCAUGGGCCGUUCUGGUUCUGGCAAGACCACAAGCUUUAAGCAUGCACUCAACUACUUGGCGUUGGCUGCUGGUGCAUACAAUAAUUUCAUCAAUGCGGAAAAGGUUGGUGCCUUAUGUACGAUUCUGGAGGCUUUUGGAAAUACAAGAACCUGCCUCAACUCCAAUGCAACGCGAAUGACGCAGCUGCUUAGCCUGGACUUUGAUCAAACUGGGCAAAUAGCAUCAGCAUCGUUGCAGGUGCUGCUGCCGGAGCGUCAAAGGGCUGGCAGGCGAUUAGCGCAGGAGCAUAGCUUUCAUAUUAUGACACGGCUGUUGGCGGGCGCUGCAGGAUUGCUGCAGAAGGAGUUGCAUUUGGAGAACAUCUCGUCAGAGGACAGUCAUCCGUUUAUAUCGCUCUCGCAGAGAUUGGAGGAUCGGCAUCGUGCAGCGAAUGAUUUUAUGCGCACCGUGCAGGCCUUCGAGACUCUGAACAUUGAUGCAAAGGCUGUGCGGGGUAUUUGGAGCAUAUUGGCGGCCAUUUAUCAUCUGGGCAUUGCUGGCAUUACGAGAAUGGGCACCGGGUCCACUGCUCGCACUCAGUUCGCGAAUCCGACGGCAGCUCGCAAGGCGGCCAACCUGUUGGGUGUCAAUCUGGAGGAUUUAUCGUCAGCUGCUUUCGGUUUGACUCAACCAAAUGCCAGUGGGGGCAGUUUGAGUCCUUCAAAAUCGCCCACUUCGGAUGGUGGUCAGGAAUGGGCGUGGGAAUGCCUGGAAGCGCUCGUCAUUGGCCUAUACUCCGAGGCCCUGGCUGCUGUUGUGGCUCUAAUCAAUCGACAGAUCUGCACUUCAGCUCAUACAAUUGCAUCGAUCAUGUUGAUCGACACUCCGGGCUUCCAGAAUCCAGCCAGCUGUGGUCAACAACUUGGCGCCAAUUUGGCCGAUUUGCGUCACAAUUAUCUGCAGGAGCGACUCCAAAUGCUUUUCCAUCACACAACGCUGGUCGCACCACGCGAUCGUUAUGCCCAGGAGCUGGUGGAAAUCGAAAUGGAUCAUGCUUCCGAGUGCCAUCCAGGUCCGUUGAUCUCACUGAUUGACAAGGCGCCACAGAAUCAUGUGGUACGCUCCUCCCAGAGAGAUCUUCGCGAACACGAUCGUCGUGGAUUGCUCUGGCUAUUGGACGAGGAGGCCAUCUAUCCCAACUCCAAUGACGACACAUUCCUUGAACGUUUAUUCUCACACUAUGGCGAUCGUGAGCAUCACACGCUACUCCGCAAAUGUGCCGGUCAGCGGCAGUUUGUGCUGCACCAUCUGCAGGGCACUAAUCCGGUCUUAUAUGCCGUCGAUGGUUGGGUGCGGCACAGUAGGGAGCAUCCCGGCAUACGGAAUGCAGUGUCGCUGCUACAGGACAGUAGCCGCGAGGAGAUUAAUCGCCUUUAUAUUGGCUCACUGACGCGCGGUUCCGGUGCCAUGGUCUUUUGCGGCUCCUUUGCUGGCCUCGAGGGCACCCAGUCCCUGCGACGAGUGUCCAGCAUUCGUCGAUCCUUCACCACGGCGGGCGUCAAACGCAACUCGAUUAUGCUGCAGGUGAAGUUCACCGUUGACGGCAUCAUUGACACACUGCGACGAACCGGCACUCACUUUGUGCAUUGCUAUUUGCUUCAACACAAUGCGGGCAAGCACACCAAGUAUACUGCAAAUGGAUCGCCCAGCUCGGCGGCGGGUCAGGCCACCAACGAGGAGGAGCUGGUUAAUGUGCCACUGUUAAGGAGUCAGCUACGUGGCUCACAAGUUUUGGAGGCAGCUCGUCUACAUCGCCUGGGCUUUCCCGAAUCUGUGCCAUUAUUGGAGUUUGUACGUCGCUUCGGCCUGCUAGCUGGCGAUCUGGCGAACAGCAAAGAUAUUAGCGUAGAGCAAAUUCUGGCCGUCAAUGAGCUAGACGUUGCCAGUUAUCGUAUUGGUCCAAGUCAGAUACUCUUCCGUUCAGGGGUACUCAAUGAGUUGGAGGCCAAACGUGAUGUGUUGCUCUCGGAUCGCAUUAUCCAGUUGCAGGCCUUCUGUCGUGGCUAUUUGGCCCGAAAGAAGAUGUCACAACGACGCAUUCAGGAGCUGGCCGUGCGUUGCAUUCAACGCAAUGUUAAGGCCUUUCUGGCAGUGCGCGAUUGGCCCUGGUGGCGUCUCUUGGUUCGUGUGACGCCCCUGUUGAAUGUCCAUCGUACCGAGGAGCAGCUGAAGAUUGCCAAUGAGGAGCUACUCAUGCUGCGCGCCAAGCUGGAGAAGAUCGAAUACGAUCGCAGCGAAGUCAAGAACGAGAAUCAGAAAUUGGAAGCCAAGUUAUCCGAGCUGACUGUGGAUCUGGCGGAAGAACGAUCCACGGCGCACAUUGCCACGGAACGGCUGGAGGCAGAAACUGGUGAACGCUUGAAACUGGAGAAGGAACUCGGAGAGCAACAGUCAAAGGUGAAGAACCUGCAAGAGAUGAGCGAGAAGCUGGAAAUGGAGCUUAUAUGUGCCAAGUCCGACUUGAAUGGCAUCUCUGAGGAUGAGGAUCCUGAGCAUGAGGAUGGCGCCGGUGGCGUUUACAAGCUGAAAUACGAACGUGUCGCCAGGGAAUUGGAGUUUACAAAACGCAGAUUGCGAACGCAGCAUGAGCAUGAUCUGGAACAGCUGGUCGGGCUUAAGAAGCAAUUGGAAAAGAAGCUAUCCGAUGCCUACGAAGAAGUUGAGGAGCAACGUCAGGUUGUGGGCCAAUGGAAACGCAAGGUACAAAAGAUGACCAACGAGAUGAACGAUUUGCGUAUGCUGCUCGAGGAGCAGAAUGCCCGCAACAAUUUGCUGGAAAAGAAGCAGCGCAAAUUCGAUGCCGAGUGUCAAUCUCUGCAGGAUGCGUCACGUCAGGAGCGUCAGGCCAAGGAACGCUAUGGACGGGAAAAAGAUGUGCUGCAAGCUGAGAAGUUUACGCUGGAACAAACGUUGGCGGAUACGCGUCUAGAUCUGGAGCUGAAGGAGGAGAAACUGGCAUCAUUGCAACGCGAACUGGAGGAGAUGACAUUCGGCGGUGGCACUGAGGAGGAGUUCGCUCAACUGCGACGCUCGAAGAAUGAAACGGAGCGGCGAGCAAAGGAACAGGAGGAGGAGCUGGAUGAAAUGGCGGGUCAAAUACAGUUGUUGGAGCAGGCCAAGCUGCGUUUGGAAAUGACAUUGGAAACGAUGCGUAAAGAGGCGCGACGUGAGUCACAGCAGCGUGACGAGGAGCUGGAGGAGGUGCGUGGCAAUGGGUAUAAGAAGAUCAAGGCGCUCGAGUGUCAGCUGGAAACGGAGCACGAGGAGCGUACGCUUCUGUUGCGUGAAAAACAUGAACUGGAGCGUCGCCUCUCCUCCAUGGAGGAUCGUGAUCGUGUCGAUCGUGAUGCUGAGGAGGCGCAGAAUCAGAAGCUGCGUCGCGAUUUGCGCAAGUACAAGGCACUGCUGAAGGAUGCUCAGACACAGCUGGAAAGGCUUAAGGCAGAUACGCCUGGCAAGACGCUGAUAAGGCAGCUGCGCAAUCAGCUGGAGGAUGCGGAAUCCGCUCGCACGCUGGCUAUGAAGGCACGUCAAACGGCGGAGGCUGAGUUGGCCGAGGUGCAAGCCAUGUUCGAGGAGUCGCAUAGAGCACGCAACGAUGCCGAGGAGCGGGCCAACACAGCACACCGGGAUCGCGCCGAACUCCAGGCCCAGAUCGAGGAGAACGAGGAGGAGCUGGGCGAACUAAUGAAAAAGUACAGCGCCACCGUUAAGCAGCUGAAUGCGGAGCAAGUUAAUGUAUCCGAGUUCGAGUUCAAGCUCACCGAACUGGAAGCGGAGCGCAACAAUCUUAAGGAGCAGGUGGCCGAGCUGCAGCAUCGCCUGGACAAUGUCGAGAGUCUGGGCGAUCCCACCAUAGCGGUCAUGUCCAAACGCCUGGAAAUGCGCACCAAGGAGCUGGAGUCACGACUGGAACUGGAGCAGGCGACACGCGCUCGUCUCGAAGUACAGGUCAGCCGGCAUAAGGAAUCGCUGGAGAAGCUGCAGAACGAAGUGACGCAAUCGAAGAUGCGGGAAAUGCAGGGACAGGAAGUGUUGAAGAAAUCUCAAAAGAGUUUGCGCGACAUGCGCGAAGAAUUCCACUCGCUGUCCAGCCGUGAGCAGGAAUCAUUGACGCGUCGCAAGGACCUGGAGAAAAAAAUGGAAGUCAUGGAAUCUGAGGGUACGGCGCUAAAGAACGAUUUGCGUUUGGCGUUGCAGCGCAUUGCGGAUUUGCAGCAGGCAAUGGAGGAGGAGGGCGAGGAAGAGCUCAGUGAGAGCGAUGAGAGCAUCAGCUCGGUGGGCUCCAUCAGUGAUUUGGAGGAACGUCUGCGACCCGUGCAUGUGAAACGGAGUUCACAACAGUCGUUAAACGGCAUCGCCACUGCUCCAAGCACGACUCGCACUCUAGUGUGCGAGAAGGACGAUAACAGCCCGAGAAUAACAGUGACGUCGCCAUCGUCGCCACACAUACAUAAGCUGGCACUGGCGGCCAAAGCCAUACCGGACCAAAAGCCGGACAUUAAAACUGCAGCAGCUAAGAAUUUAAAGGCAGCAACAACAUCCACAACAUCCACAACAACAACAACAAUAACAGCAGCAGCAACAACAUUGACAACAGCAAAUGGAGUUGAUAAGCCCUAGAAACAUCUCAAUGGCUGCGUGUUUGUUUAUUAUAUAUUUUUUUCUUGAAUUCUGUAAUAUUAAUUAGUUUUGUUUUUUAUUUGAUUACUGUUUAGUUCAAUAUGUUUAACUAUUUAUUAUCGAAAUCUAGCUACUUAUAUAAAUAUAUAUUUAAAUAUAAUGAACACAAUCUACAUAUAUUUAUAAACAAAUUCCGUUUCGAAUGGAAUCGUAGUUAAUUUAAUUUGCGACAGUCCCUAUUUAAACAAAAGUGAUUAACAUGUUCUAUCCUUCUCAAAAAAAAAAAAAAACACAUAGAAAACUAACACUAACGUUCGAUAUACAAACACCUAACUACCUAUAGCAUAUAGACCAUUUUUCCUAUAGCCAACUUAAACGAAAUUAGUUAAACGCGUUUUAAAAUCAUAGACAAGUAUGCGUGUAAUAAUUAAAUUUUUACUAAACUAAAUUCAAUAUUUAUAUAACAAUAUUUUACACAUACAGCUCAUGAUAACACUAAGUGCAUCCAAUAUAUCCAUAUAAACAUUAGCAACAUUUUUCACAUAGUAAACACAUCAUGUAUCAAGUAUAUCAUAUACAAAUACUUAUAUAUUGGAAUACGAAACACUUGCUAAAUUAUUAUAUCAGAAAAUCCAAACUAAUAUUAAAGAGAAAAAAAAACGACAAAUAAAUAUAUUGUUAUAAAACCCAAA